AUGCACCUGCCAGUCAUCCGCAAGAGCCAUGGGGAGCCCAAGCUGUUGGCCAAGGAGCUUCUUGACCUUGUGGCUUCUCACUUCAAUCUGAAGGAAAAGGAGUACUUUGGAAUAGCAUUCACAGAUGAAACGGGACACUUAAACUGGCUUCAACUAGAUCGAAGAGUAUUGGAACAUGACUUCCCUAAAAAGUCGGGACCUGUGGUUUUAUACUUUUGUGUCAGGUUCUAUAUUGAAAGCAUUUCAUACCUGAAGGAUAAUGCUACCAUUGAGCUUUUCUUUCUGAACGCAAAGUCCUGCAUCUACAAGGAGCUUAUUGACGUUGACAGUGAAGUGGUGUUUGAAUUAGCUUCCUAUAUUUUACAGGAGGCAAAGGGAGAUUUUUCUAGCAAUGAAGUUGUGAGGAGUGACUUGAAGAAGCUGCCAGCCCUUCCCACCCAAGCCCUGAAGGAGCACCCUUCCCUGGCCUACUGUGAAGACAGAGUUAUUGAGCACUACAAGAAACUGAACGGUCAGACAAGAGGUCAAGCAAUCGUGAACUACAUGAGCAUCGUGGAGUCUCUCCCAACAUACGGAGUUCACUAUUACGCAGUGAAGGACAAGCAGGGCAUACCAUGGUGGCUGGGCCUGAGCUACAAAGGGAUCUUCCAGUAUGACUACCAUGAUAAAGUGAAGCCAAGAAAGAUAUUCCAAUGGAGACAGUUGGAAAACCUGUACUUCAGAGAAAAGAAGUUUUCCGUGGAAGUUCAUGACCCACGCAGGGCUUCAGUGACAAGGAGGACGUUUGGGCACAGCGGCAUUGCAGUGCACACGUGGUAUGCAUGUCCAGCAUUGAUCAAGUCCAUCUGGGCUAUGGCCAUAAGCCAACAUCAGUUCUAUCUGGACAGGAAGCAGAGUAAGUCCAAAAUCCAUGCGGCACGCAGCCUGAGUGAGAUCGCCAUCGACCUGACCGAGACGGGGACGCUGAAGACCUCGAAGCUGGCCAACAUGGGCAGCAAGGGGAAGAUCAUCAGCGGCAGCAGCGGCAGCCUGCUGUCUUCAGGUUCUCAGGAAUCAGAUAGCUCGCAGUCGGCCAAGAAGGACAUGCUGGCUGCCUUGAAGUCCAGGCAGGAAGCUCUGGAGGAAACCCUGCGUCAGAGGCUGGAGGAACUGAAGAAGCUGUGUCUCCGAGAAGCUGAGCUCACGGGCAAGCUGCCAGUUGAAUAUCCCCUGGAUCCAGGGGAGGAACCACCCAUUGUUCGGAGAAGAAUAGGAACAGCUUUCAAGCUGGAUGAACAGAAAAUCCUGCCCAAAGGAGAGGAAGCUGAGCUGGAACGCCUGGAACGAGAGUUUGCCAUUCAGUCCCAGAUUACAGAGGCUGCCCGCCGCCUAGCCAGUGAUCCCAACGUCAGCAAAAAACUGAAGAAACAAAGGAAAACCUCGUAUCUGAAUGCACUGAAGAAACUGCAAGAGAUUGAAAAUGCGAUCAAUGAGAACCGCAUCAAGUCUGGAAAGAAACCCACCCAGAGGGCUUCGCUGAUCAUAGACGAUGGAAACAUUGCCAGUGAAGACAGCUCCCUCUCAGAUGCCCUUGUUCUUGAGGAUGAAGACUGUCAGGUUACCAGCACAAUAUCCCCUCUACAUUCUCCUCACAAGGGACUCCCUCCUCGGCCACCGUCGCACAACAGGCCUCCUCCUCCCCAAUCCCUGGAGGGACUCCGACAGACGCACUGUCACCGCAGCGACUAUGACAGGUCUCCCAUCAAGCCCAAAAUGUGGAGUGAGUCUUCUUUAGAUGAACCCUAUGAGAAGGUCAAGAAGCGCUCCUCUCACAGCCAUUCCAGCAGCCACAAGCGCUUCCCCAGCACGGGAAGCUGUGCGGAAGCAGGCGGAGGAAGCAACUCCUUGCAGAACAGCCCCAUCCGCGGCCUCCCACACUGGAACUCCCAGUCCAGCAUGCCGUCCACGCCAGACCUGCGGGUCCGGAGUCCCCACUACGUCCAUUCCACAAGCCUGCGGACUCCGUCGCUGGGCCGCGAGGGUGCCCACGACAAGGGCGCGGGCCGUGCUGCCGUCUCAGACGAGCUGCGCCAGUGGUACCAGCGUUCCACCGCCUCGCACAAGGAGCACAGCCGCCUGUCGCACACCAGCUCCACCUCCUCAGACAGCGGCUCGCAGUACAGCACCUCCUCCCAGAGCACCUUCGUGGCGCACAGCAGGGUCACCAGGAUGCCCCAGAUGUGCAAGGCCACGUCAGCUGCCUUACCUCAAAGCCAGAGAAGCUCGACACCGUCAAGUGAAAUUGGAGCCACUCCCCCAAGCAGCCCCCACCACAUCCUAACCUGGCAGACUGGGAGCUACAAUGAUAGCUGUUUCCUGGAUUCCUCCCUCUAUCCAGAACUAGCUGAUGUCCAGUGGUACGGGCAGGAAAAAGCCAAGCCCGGGACCCUCGUGUGAGCCAGCCCGGCCUAAUCUGACCGCCUCAACGCCAUUCUGAGAUCACCUCACUGCCUCUCAUUUGCCUUACCCAGACGCACCGUCACCCUGCACCAGCUUCGGCCCUCAGCACUUUUUUUCUCCUGUCUCCGCAUUCCCUCCCCCUCGAAAACCUGACUGAGGAGACACUCUGGAAGGUUCCGGUCCCACUGUGUGUCCCCUGGCGCUCUUGCCCAUGGAGAGCCAGACACCAAUCCUCAAUGGCACCUUGGUGGCUUCCCUCUGCCAUGACAGCCCCUAGGCCAGGAACCGUCAGGGGGGCCGGCUGGCAUCCAAUUCCUGCGGACAAGUAGCAUUGGGAGAGAACAAGAAAGGGGACUUGAGUUACAGGGUGACCCAGAAAGACGGUCAGCUGUGUCCAGCCUGCCACCCGUACGUAGGCCAAUCAAGCACUUCAUGAAGAGGAGGCCUCGUGGCAUAUUCAGUUUACACCUGAAAUAUUCCUCAAUGGGACAGCUUGUGGGGAGUGGCUGUGGGGGAAGGGGAGGAUGAGAAAGGAAGCUCUCGACACCAGAGAUGCAUCGGAGGACCACGAUCAGUUCUAUGCUGCCAAAGAUUAAAAAUAAAUAAAAACAUAAAAAAUUAAGAGGGGCCAAGAGGAAGACAUUCUUUCUGCAAGGAAAUUUCGUUUAAAUUCUGAACUACUACUACACAUAAGUGUAAGUCAACCCUGUGUAAACUGGUGUCCUCUCUCUAGCCCUCUCCCUUACUGGCCCACGUCUCUCUCCGUAGAGGGCCUGAGAAACUGCCCCAAUGCCACGGUGAAGACGAGGGAGUCUUGGCUGGCAUUGCCGACUCACAGCCGCCAUCCAUCUGGACACAAAGGAAGAGAGACCCGCAGGAGUCAUGGAGGGCACCGUUAGCCCCGGUCCAUGCAGGGGGUUCAGCCAAGCCCAAGACUCAACGCUGCUUUCCUUUCAGGAUUUGUAGUAACAUAAGGUGAUAAUGGCCAAAAGUGGUUCUCUCUCAUUAAAACAAACCAGUAAAAGCGUAUCCUAUUUUUUUGCACAAGGUGUUUCAUUUUCUUUUUUAUGGGAAACCAAGGGAAAAGCACAUUGCGAUCCAUUCAGUGUUUAACUGUUGUGGCUCAUUUUCUGUUCGUUAGCACUUGUGUGACAAAAGAGCUCAGAUCCGACUUCUCCCAUGUGUCACUUAUUCCAAGAACCCAACUAUGCCCUUAGGUAGAAAGAUUUGACUCAUGUGUCUACUAGCCAACAGGCAGAGCAGGGUUGAAAAAAAUACCAGCUCCCAAAGGGCCCAUGUGUCCACAUCAUCACUUACUGUCAUGCACCACAUUUGUGUGCAGAUACCAAAAGAGGAAAGAAGACAAAAAUUAAUGUGUGGGAGCUGCACGUUUACAUGUGUUUUAAGCUACACUUCAAACACAACUGGAAAGCCAUCAAUCUUCAAAGGCCUCAAAAAUACUUUUAUAAUAACAAGUGCACAACUUUAGUUGGGUUAUUCAAGAUGGCACAAAAAGGUUUCCGCAGAGGUGGUGUUGCUGUGCUUUGGGCGCAAGUGGUUGGGGGGUGGGGGGUGGGGGUGGAAUUUUUUUCUCACUCUAAUGACUUCCUAUUGGAAAGACAUUGACAGCCAGGGACAGGAGCCAGGGUGGGAGUAGUUUUGUGGGAAAGCAGAACUGAAGUUAGCUUAAGCAUAAAAAGAAAAGAAAAAUCUUCGCUUUUCAUGUAUGUGGAAUCCAAGAAUAACCAUAGGCUGUACCAGACCAGGAGGGUAAGGAUGGAUACUAAAACGAAAUAAAUACCAAGGUAUUCCUUCUGCUGCAGCCUGGAGACCACCGAGAGUCAAGCUGGGGCGCACACACCUGGCCGGGACAAGGCGGGCCGUGGCCUCCUCCACCAAGUCUCUGUAGACGAUUCAGGGCCUGCUUUCCCCAGCUCCAUGCAUGGCUAGACUGGUGAUUCCAGCAUGCAGAAGGGAUUAAUAUUCCCAGAACGCUUUAAGUGUACACCUGCAGGACAAAUAGAAACCGGUUAUGAUAUUAUUAAAUGAUUCUAGGGAUUCAUUGGGGGAUUUUUUUUUUUUGCUUUUAUUUUCAUGGUUAGAGCUACAAAGAGCAGUGAUUUUUUUUUUCUCCCUUCCCCAUUCAGAAACAUGAUACAUAGGGCCAUUUUUCUUUCUCCCAAAGAAGAUUCAUGAAGAGUCAGACUGAACUGUGUGCAACACGAAAAGUCAAAAGGGAAAAGGAAGGUGAUGAGGUUACGUGGUUACAGGUUCUACACCAUGCAGAGUAGCUUGAAAUCUAGUCUGGAGAAAACCGGAUCAAGAUUCUAGCCCACUUGAGUUGCAAGGAAUGAGAGGCAAAAAUUCUAAAGACUUGGGUUAUGUUUUCAAUUCGGGGGACAGAGAGAAAUGGAGUGGGAACAGGAAUUACAGUUCCAGCAAACAUCAUGAUAGUCUGGUAGUCAAGACAGAGAUUAAGUAAAACAGGUUUUACUGUUUAGCUGAGUUCAGUUAAUACAAAAUGUACAUAAAACGUUAGUCCUUUGAGACUGACAUGAUUAAUGAUCAGUGUGGUGGGAAAUGAUGUAGUUAUUGUACACAAGCACUUGCAAACUCUUUAUCCCUAUUCCUUUAAAACAAAAUAAGGUGAAAUAUGAAGUCCCUGGUCUGAUAUAAAGCCCCUAUUGGAUUCUUCGGAUACGUAAAAGAAAUGGCCUGUUUCAGCCAGAAGACUGGUGAAAACUCAUACAUCAGACUUAUGUUGUGAGCCAGGUUGAUUUUUUAUUUUAUUAUAUGCAGGUGAGUGUUGAAACUGUUAAAAUUCCAAUUUGUUUUCAUUCAGUAUUAGUUUAGUUCUAAAUAUAGCAAACCCCAUCCAGGUGCUAUCAGACGACCAGUUACUGCUUAGUUAACUAGGUGUAAAGUUUUACAUAUACAUUAAUGUCAAUAGUUUAUUACAAGUUGUGUAAAAUGGAGUCUAGUUUAAUAAUGGGGGAAAAAAGAUUAGGUUGCUCCUGAAACUGACUGUAGAGCAUGUAAAAUGAUUUUACUGGAUUCUGUUCAACUGUAAUCAAUGAAAAAGAUGUACGUUGUAGACAAAGUUGCAGAAUUAAAAAAGAAAUCUGCUUUUAAUUUAUUCUUUUUGUAUUAAGAAUUUGUAUAGUACCUUUACAUUUUGCAAAACAGUGUUGUCAACACUUAUUAAAGCAUUUUCAAAAUGAAAAGA